CGCCCGCCCGCCGGAAGCCGUGCCCCCGACGCGGCCCACCUGCCGCGGCCGCCGGAAGUGGUCGCGGCCGCGCUGCUUCCGGUCGCGGGGCGCCUUCGGGCCGGUCACGGGGAGAGGCGGGCCGCGGACGGGCCGAAGGCCGGAGCCCAUGGCGGAGGGCGGCGGGCGGGCCGGGCCGGGGCCCGCAGGUCCUAAUCUGAAGGAGUGGCUGAGGGAGCAGUUCUGUGACCAUCCGCUGGAGCACUGCGAGGACACGCGGCUCCAUGACGCGGCCUACGUGGGGGACCUCCAGACCCUCCGGACCCUGUUGCAGGAGGAGAGCUACCGGAGCCGCAUCAAUGAGAAGUCAGUCUGGUGCUGCGGCUGGCUGCCCUGCACGCCGCUGCGCAUCGCCGCCACCGCGGGCCACGGCAACUGCGUGGACUUCCUCAUCCGGAAGGGGGCCGAGGUGGACCUGGUGGACGUGAAGGGCCAGACCGCCCUGUACGUGGCCGUGGUGAACGGGCACCUGGAGAGCGCCCAGAUCCUGCUGGAAGCCGGCGCCGACCCCAACGGGAGCCGGCACCACCGCAGCACCCCGGUCUACCACGCGUCUCGAGUGGGCAGGGCGGACAUCCUGAAGGCCCUCAUCAGGUAUGGGGCCGACGUGGACGUCAACCACCACCUGACUCCGGACCUGCAGCCCCCUUUCUCCCGGCGGCUCACGUCCCUGGUGGUCUGCCCCCUGUACAUCAGCGCGGCCUACCACAACCUCCAGUGCUUCAAGCUGCUGCUCCAGGCCGGCGCAAACCCCGACUUCAACUGCAACGGCCCCGUCAACACGCAGGGCUUCUACCGGGGCUCCCCUGGCUGCGUCAUGGAUGCCGUCCUGCGGCACGGCUGCGAGGCGGCCUUCGUUAGCCUGCUCGUAGAGUUCGGAGCCAACCUGAACCUGGUGAAGUGGGAGUCCCUGGGCCCAGAGGCGAGAGGCAGAAGGAAGGUGGACCCCGAGGCACUGCAGGUCUUUAAAGAGGCCAGAAGUGUCCCCAGGGCCUUGCUGAACCUGUGCCGUGUGGCCGUGAGGAGAGCGCUCGGCAAAUACCGACUCCACCUGAUUCCCUCGCUGCCUCUGCCAGACCCCGUGAAAAAGUUUCUCCUUUACGAGUAGGAUUCAAGAGCCGGAGCGCUUGCGGUGAGGAAGAGGCGGCGGGCGGCGGGAUCGACCCCGGCUCUGCCCUGGGACCACGGCCUGUGCUGCUGGCGAGAGCCCGUCCUCGGGGACUGUAAUUCCACCUCAGGUGCCUGGGGCACGGACAGUCCUUGGGUCCGUAGAGCCGAGAGGCUCACGCAGAACCUCGUUUUCUUCUUCCUCGGCACCUCUGUGGCGGGUUUUCCCGGUCGCGUGUCACUGAGCUGGGCCUCGAGGUGGGAGCAUGUGGGGCUGAGCUGGGCAGCCUGCAGCGACCCCCGUCCGGAAACCCAUCACUUCCCAGCACUGGGCUUCUGUGUUCCCUCUCACCUGAACAGGUGAGUGCAGCCUUGUCACAGCUCAAUGAAAACGGAGUUCAGGGGAGCCCAGAGGUGCAGUUGGUGGACGUGCUGGUUUUCCCCGCCCCUUCCGCGUCCCGUCAGUGUCCUCCCUGGUGGUGGGAGCCGCCGCGUCCCCGUCUUCCUUCAAGGAUGGGGUCCCGGCUGUGCGCACUGGCUUUACAGCCUCAAAGUCAGUACCUGCACCUGUUCACUGUCUCUUUAGGCGACGCUCGGAAUCCUGCAGCGCCACACCUGUUCUGAGUCCUGACUGCCUGGCAUCGUGCCAUCAGGUCUUGUGAGUUCUCUGCCACUUCACGUGGGGGAGCUUCCAGACGGCGGGUUGGUUUCGGGAGGCCCGUGCUGCACUAGCCAGUAGCUGACUGCUACAUUCAGACCAAGGACCGUCCCACAGCUCUCACUGCCAGCUCUAACGGGAGAAAACGCCUGCGGCGCGGUCCCUGCGCGUCCGGAGAGUGGGACUUGCCUCCUCUCCUGGGUGGCUCUCAGCUUGCAGUUGCUCGGUGUCCGGUGGACGGAGUGUCUGGUGUUGGGUUGACUCGGCUCUUCCUGGUUUUGACCUAGUGUCUUGGUAGCUGCUCCUAGACCCGAGGACAGGGGAGAGCGGUGACGGCAGCAGUCCCCACCGCGGCCUGCGGGCUGUGGGUGGGCCUGUCACUCCCAGGCUGCACAGCCGGGUGUGUGGCAGUGGCUGCCUUUUUAGCGCUCCAGGUGCUGCAGAUUGCGGGGCUGUCACAUCUGGUAAUUUGGCGCCUCGGGACCGCUUUGUGCACCCACCCUGGUGAUUCUCUCCUGGAGAAGCUUCAGCAGCAGGCAGAUGACAAAUCUGUUUCGAUUUUCUGCACUAAGAGAACACUAAUUGGUAACAUUUGAACAAACGAUAGGGGUUUAUUUAACUGUUGCCGUGGUUCCGUGUCUCUGCGGACCAGCUGGAGUCUGUGCUGGUUGCCUCCCGGGCCUGAGGAUAGAAUUCGAAAGCCACCUCUUGUGUCGUGGGUAGACUUGUGCCAGAGCGCCUUGCUGGCCCGCGCGUGUGUGUGCGUGUGCGUGUGCAAGGGCUGAGGGAGAAAAGGCACCCGAGAUUCAGAGAGGAAGACGCAGCCACUGGAGCUCUGGCCUCACACUGUCACGAGCUAUUGCUGUGCGUCAGGGUGGGGUGGCUCCUGAGGCCCAGACAGGGCUGCGCGCUGCUCGUGCGCACGGGGGCCUGGCAGCUCGUGUGCUCAGAGCUCCGAGGCCGGUCGUGCUGCAGCCGGGAGGGAUUCCUGACGGAGGAGGGGAGCUGGGGCCCACGCAGGCCACUGCGGCCUGAGCCGCGUGCUGCAGGGGCUCCAGCCCACCACGGGGUUAGGUGUGUCCCUGUGGCCUCAAGGUGAGACAGGCAGGAAUCGGGCUGUGGCCGGGCCCUCCCUGGAUGGCAGGGAGGGUCGUGUGAAAGUGGGAGCCCCCCCCCACCGCCAGGGGAUGGCCCCAUGGGUUUCCGGCACAGGAGCGGCGUAUGCAGCGGCGUGCGGCCUUCCUGGUCGGGCUGAGAGCGGGUUCGGGGGGAGUGGCUGGUUCACUCUAUCAGCUCUUUUUGCUGCUGCCUGUGGCUUGGGUCCCUGGGUGAGCCAGCCGCAGACGCGUGGAUGCUGGGUGUUUUCCGCAGGGUCCGUUAGGGGCAGCCCAGGGGAGGAGGGUGGCUCUGCCCUCAGACCUCCUAGAGAGCAGCCUCUGGGAGCGCUGCCAGCACAGGAGCCCAGCCAGUGGUGCUGCCUUCGGGCUGCAGAGAGCGAGGGCCCAGGGCGGCCCCGCAGAGUGGACAUUGGGCUCCUUUGCGGUGAGGCUGGUGCAGGGCUUGUUUCUGGGGAAGCGAACCAUUUUUAUGGGGUCUCAGAAGGAAUGGGCCACGUUGGCCCUCACUGUUGGGCUUUGCUCGGACCUGGCCAGGGAGGUAGUGGGGUGGAGAGAGGCUGAGCGGGGAGCGCAGCGUGCUCGGGGCCAGUCAGCGGGCCCCAGGCCUCGGCUCUCCCUCUGCAGAGACAGGGUGGCUUUCUCUUUGUCCAGCCAGGGUUUAGAGACUUUGCCAGAAUCCCAGCAACUUUGAGGUUUAGCCUCUAGUGUGAAAUUUCAUAGCUGCCAGGCGUGAAUCUGAAAAUAGCGCAGAUGGCUGCUUGAGGACAUUCCUUCGUGUUUUGAGUGACGCUUGGCAGAAGCUUCCUUUUUCUUUCGUUGGCAGGGGUGGGAUACAGAAUAGCAAAGAGUAAAGCGCUCCGUCAGAGCGCUUCGUAAAGUCGUGUUUCUAAGCCCUGGGGCCCCCAAGCCCCGCGCAGCGAGGAGACAUGGUGGCACCAGAGGAGGCCGCAGCCUGAGCUCUGCCCAGGGAGGGCGGUGAUGGACCAGUGCAGGGAGCCUGGGAGUCCCGCAGCCUGGGCCCAGGACCGUCUCGCCUCUUGCCACUGCUGGGGUGCCUGCUGGCCAUUGAACAGGGUCCUGCAGUCCGGGCCUGGGCUGCUGUGGACAGACAGGCAGGGGUGAGGGGUGGCCCUGAUGCCUUGAUACGGCCUUGGUAGCUCUAGGAAUUCACCUUUGGCGUCCUGGGUGGGGGUUUUGAGUAUAUUUCCCAAACCCAUCAAGGUCAUACGUGUCUGUGCCUUUUCAUAUUACGUAUGUUAUUUAUUUACUCAUUUAUGUAUGAGUGUCCUACCCUGUUCCAGAAAGGGUUUAAAGGCAACAGUGCUUCGGUUUUGAUAUUCUCAUUUGACAUUUGAUGUUUUAGUCAGCAUGCUCUUGUUAAACAGGUAAUUUUAAAAAGAGGGCAGUUAGCAGCCUCCUAACUUUGACUGUGUCAGACCUAAUUGCCAUUCAGUUUGAACCCUUUCUUCCACGAAUCGACUCUCCAAGUAGAAGUUGGCGCCGAAGUAGAAAGAGAGGAGGGUGCAGCGGCGGCUGGACUGAGCAGAGGAGGCUCUGCCGCGGUCAGAGAGCCGUGCCCCCGUGCCUGCUGCCAGGCCUGCUGCAGGGCCCCUUCCCAGGGGAGGCUCCUCUCGGCCGGGCGGGGCCGGCCGUGCCUCUCCCCUGGGGCUUUGCGAGGACACCGGAGAGAAAGUCUGCGAAAGCCCUUUGCGCUUAGCACCCCUGCGCCCUGGACACUGCGGUCCUCGUGAGUGGCGUCCCUCCUGGGCUCUGCCUUCCGGGCGGUGCUGGUGCUGGGACAGCCUGGGACCUUGGGGGUCAGCUCAGCCUUGUGUGUCCAUGGGGGCUCACAGCACAGGCCUCUGGGCAGGGCAGAGUAUGCGGACACGUGUUGCCUAAUAGAGGAAGGCAAGUUUAUUCAACUUAAAGAGUUGUCUUGUAUUCUGAGAUUAUAUGCUUCCUAAUUUGGGUGAUAAAAUAUCCUUUUAUUAUAAUGAAGGUGAUGACAGAGGGCAAUAUUUUUAUUUUUUAAAAUGCUCUUGGUUGCAGAAUAAAAUGCCUUCGCUGCCCCUUGUCAAACCCCAGAAUUUCCUUUUGAGUUUGCCUGUCUCUGAAAGCCAGUGUCGGGCCCCACAGUCCAGCUCCAGUGGGUGUCAGGUGCCGAGAAGCUCCUCUUGGUGUCCUAGAAUGGCCUGUACAUUCCCGAAGGCUCUCCCAGUGCGUCCUCUGCCUGGGGGAGGGUUAGGAAAUGUGCGCUCGCAUCCUGCCAGUGACAAAGCAGUGUCCCUGCGGAUCCCGAGAGAUGCCCCUUGUCAGUGGAUCUGCCCCUUAUUCAGGCCCGGGCACAGGAGGGUGUUGCAGCAGUGGUAGUGCCAGGCCUUCAGUGACCAGUGCUGAGUGGCCUGGCUCCAUCAGUCGGCUCUCCCUCUGGAGGUGCCGCGCUGGGCCACAUGUCCCUCCGGUCUCACCUCCCUCCACCGACCCGGCCCCCUUGACAUGGAACAGGAGAACUGAUCGCAGACCGAAGGGGUGAGUGGGACCGUGUCCCAGGAGGACCCCGUCCCAGGAGGACCCCAUGGGCGGGGCCCGUGGGGCUUGAAGUGCGGGGCUGUGCAGAGUACUUACUGUAAGUUCUAGAAGACCAUCGAGUGGAGAAGGAGGCGGGGGAAGCCGGGCUUCUGCAGCCCUAACUUGCAACUGCUCAGGUCUGGGCUGCCUGGGGCCCCUUCUCUUUGGAAGUUGCCUGGGUUUCCGAUCUGCAGCAGGUGGGGGAUGUCCAGUCUUGUGUGGUUCUUGUGAGGACAGCUCUCCUGUGUGAAGUUGUUUGCUGCUGUCACUUAGCCAGCAGUGCCCCUGCCCUGCUUUGUGGAGUCUGCUCAGCUCCCCCUGCUUCUUUGGUGUUGGGCACGUGCGGUGCCUCGCCCGUGCUGAAGGGAGCGCUGGCCGUCGGCCCGAGUCUCCGCCCUCCUGCGGCAGUGCCCAUGUGCUUGCCUGCAGCAGCUGGGCCUGUGCCUGUUCUUGCACUUGUGCCUGGUUAAGAGCUUUCAGAAAUAUGAUGGACAUCUUUGAUAUGUGAUUGUAACUUUAAUAAAUGCUUUAUUCCCUUAAACCCCCCCCGCCCCAGAUGCCUUAAUUUUGUGGACUGUUUAUCUUUGCGGAUGGAAUUGAUCAUGUGAAAUCUUGGUGUGUGGAUUUCAGGUGGAAGCAACUGGAUCUCUGGAAAGUGUCUAAUGAUUUGGAGAAAGGAGUGUCUAAAACUGGAGUUUUAUUAAACAGCUCUGGGGACCCUCGUGCUCCAGGGAGGCCCCCCCAAAUGUUGCACAGGUUUCAGCGGAUGGGUGAGCCUGUUUGGCUUGAUGGAGUUCCUAGUUGGACGAGCGUGUGCCCCCAAAGGGUCUGAAACACAUGGCCCCCCCCUUCACGGCGAUGCUGUCUCUGCAGUGCUCUGUCGGGUGGGGGGCAGUGGGGACUGGGGGCCCCUGGUUAUAUGUGACUUGUUUUUACAGAGGGAGGAUGCGGUGUGAAGCUCUGGGCUGGACCUCGGAAUGAAUGAGCUAAAUAAAGACACGUGUUCAUCUCCCGGUGA